CACAAUGCUUAAAUGGUGAUUUGUAAAAUUGUCUUAUUGCAGCAGCUCUCACGUUUUGAAAACAAUUUUUUUUCCUAAUGGCUCAUCCUAAUCCUCCACCUAGGAAACAUGGUCAAAAAGAUGAGGCAUGGAAAUACACUGAAGAAUUUCCUGGUAGACAAAGAAAUCAAACCAAGUGUAUGUUUUGUAAGGAAAUUAACCAUGGGGGGAUAAAUAGAUUAAAAUAUCAUAUUGCUGGCAUACGUGGUCAUGACACUGAGCCUUGUGACAAGGCAACUCCUGAAGCAAUCCGUUUUUGUUACGUCUUAUUAGAAAACUUUGAAAUACAUAAGCAAACAAAAAAAAGACAAAGAGAGGAGUUAUGUCAUAUUGGUUCCCCUCCACCCACAUCCGCAUCUGGCUCCGCAUCUGGCUCCGCAUCCGUAGGUUGUGUUGGAGAGGGUUCUUCUAUGCCUCCCUUUCGUCCUAGUGCUUCUGCUAGUGCCAGUACUUCUAUUCCUACUCCUAGUCACACUUUUGGUCCUAGAGUGCGAAAAUCUAAAAUAGACAAUUUUUUUGUACCACGCACUACUCCUGGCGCACAGCCCUCGCUUGAGAGCAUGUCUUGGAACAAGGAGGUCCAUGAUGCAGGAAGAAAAGCAAUUUGCAAGUUUUGGUACUUCUGCAACAUUCCAUUUAUUGCAGCCAGGUCUUCUUAUUGGCAAGGCAUGAUUGAUGCAGUAACCAUUUGUGGGCCGGGGUUUAAAGCCCCCAGUGAUACUGAGUUGAGUGGCCCUCUCUUGUUGGAAAUGGUGGAAGAUAUGAAAGUUGACCUAGAAGACCACCGCCAAUCUUGGAGCCAGAAGGGUUGCACCAUCAUGACAGAUGGUUGGACUGAUAGGAGGAAUAGAACACUCCUAAAUUUUCUUGUUUCUAGCGGAGGAUCCACCAUGUUUUUGAAGUCCAUCGAUGCUUCCUCACAUGUCAAAAAUGCGGCAUACUUAUGUGAGGCCAUUGAGGAAGUUAUAGAUGAGGUGGGGGAAGAAAAUGUGGUGCAAGUGGUGACGGAUAAUGCAGCAAGUUAUGUUGCUGCAGGAAAACUUUUGAUGGAGAGGCACCCAAAAAUCUUUUGGUCUCCAUGUGCAGCCCAUUGCCUUGACCUCAUGCUGGAGGAUAUAGGUAAGCUUGGAUGGGUGAAAGAAUGCGUUGAAAGGGCCAAGAAUAUAUGCAAAUUUAUUUACAAUCAUGCAUUGGUCCUUAGCAUUAUGAGGCAAUACACGGGGGAAAGGGAGUUGGCUCGUCCUGGUAUAACGAGAUUUGCCUCAAAUUUCCUCACAUUGAAAUCCUUGUUAAAAUCAAAGGCAUCUUUGAGGCGCAUGUUUGUUGGUGAGGAGUGGACUUCCUCAUCCUAUGCUACGACCACUGCAGGGAUGGAUGUAGUAGAUUGCAUUUUUGAUGAGCUAGGUUUUUGGAUCCCUUGUGCAGAGAUCGUGCAGGUCACUGAGCCCCUAGUAGUUCUCCUACGAGUUGUUGAUGGGGAGAAGCCCGCUAUGGGCUACAUAUAUGAGGGCAUGGAUAGGGCCAAGGAGGCCAUUAGAUCCAUAUAUGCUGGAGUUGAGGAUAAGUAUAGGCCCAUUUGGGACAUAAUUGAUAGAAGAUGGCAUAACCAACUUCAUAGGCCCAUCCAUGCAGCAGCUUAUUACCUCAAUCCAUCAUUUCGUUUCCGUGCUGAUUUCAAAGCGGAUGAGGAGGUUCUUAGCGGGCUAUAUUCAGUAGUACAACGGAUGGUCACUGAUACCACAGCUACACUUCUUGAGAUGGAUGCAUUUAAUAAUGCAUCAGGGGCAAUCUUUGCCAGCCAAUUGUGUAAAGAGGGUCGGACAAAAUUGCAGCGAGAUGAGAUAGUUAAAGAGGUGAAGGCUAAAGCUCCAAAAUCCACUAAAAUCACAAAGGAGAAGCCUUCCGGUAGAACUAGAUCCAAAAAGAAACCAAAAUUUGAAAUUGAUGAGGCAUUGAAACAAGGUAAUUAUACUAUUAUACCUCCUAUAUCAUUAGAUCAAAUUGUGAAAGUAGUUGUUAAGGAUGGUAAUUUGAAACCACUAUCUGAGUGGUAUGAAAAUUUUGAUGAAUCCGAAAAGAGAACUCGAGAGGAAGCAACUGUAGAAUACCUAAAUGUAUACAAUAAAGUUGUAAUUGAAUUAAUGACAAUCAUACCCAAGAGUUUGUAUGACAUUUUGGAUGCUCAGAGACUAACAGUGAAUAAGGAAGAUGACAAAUUGAAGGAAUAUAUAUUAUUCAAUUUAUGUUCAGUUAUAUCUAAGGAGGAGAUAGAUAGAUUACUUCAAUUAGCCAAGUAUAAGUUUCAAAUGGAUGAUACUUUUGUUCUGGAAGUUCAAUCAAUAGAACAUGUAGAAGUCAAUAAUUUGAAAGGAGGUAGAGUGAAGAAUGAUGCAAGUGUGGGUGAAGUUGUCAAAACAGAUAAGGUUGAAAUCCCUCUAACACCUGAAAAGGAAGUAGUUGCAGAAGAAAAUGUAGAGAAGAUAGAGGUCAAGGUUGAAGUCGGAACUAAAGCAAGAGACACUGCAAAGACUAUGAAAGAUACAUCUGAUACUCAAUCCAAGCAAUUGAAAAGCCUAAUUGAUUCUGUUGUUUCCCACUUUGAAUCUUUUAAAAAGUCUGCAGAGGAAAAGGUCAAAAAUGAAUUUGAGGCUAGAAGGCUCCGCACCUUGAAGAAAAUGAUCUCAAAAGGUAGAGCCACAUUAAGUAGUUGUGUAAAAAGCAUGCAGGAUGCAAUUAACGUAGGUGGAAACUUGUACAAAUCAUGCCUAUCCCUGAACAAGUUCACUGUGGAUAUUGAGAAGAAGUCUCAGGAGUACAAGGAUUAG